AUGUUUAUUUCAUUAAUUGAGAAACAAGUUUACAUAAGUCAAUUAAAGAAAAACAAUACUACUGAUGAAAACGUUCGAGAACAAUUGCAAACCAUUGCUGAUCAAUCUUUAUCACCUGAUGUGAAUACAAAUAAAGAAAGUGUUUCGAAGACGACUGAAAACAAUUACAAAAGAAAGGAAGCACUUACAAAACUACAUCACAAAAACAAAGCUCCUAAAACUAGUGGCGAUUCUAUGACAACUUCAUCCUCAAUUAGCAUUGAUGAGGUUGAGAAAAAUGAUAACGACAAUCAUCCCCAAUCGUCAACAUCUGUUUGGAAAUACGCGACUCGAAGUCAUGACAAAAAACACGCUAUGUGCCUUGAUUGUGAUGCACAGAUUACUACUAGUAAUUGGUCAACGUCAGCGUUACGGCGUCAUUUAAUUCUCAAGCACAACAGAUUAGAUAUGUGCUUGCAAAAUACACCAGGAGCGCAGCAAUCAUCCAAUGUGUCUCGACAUCUUAAAGAAAAAUGA